GGAGGGGGGUGAAGGAGCCGAAAGGCAUUGUGAGCUGAGUUCUCCUGGAGGUAUUCUCCAAUUCUAAGGAUUCCUCCAAUUUGCUUUGCAAGAGAGAUCGGAAGCUGCCUUUUUCUGUCUCUCCCAAUUCCCUGCUUGCGGCUUCUUGGAAGAUCAGAAAGAAAGGGGGAGUUCUAAAGAACGUGAAAGUUGGAGCUGACAGUUGCCAGAUCCAACGGUGACGUAGGCUGCAAGUCCGUUCGCUUGCUUGCUUGCUGGGGACACAGUUUCACACUCAUCUUAGAAACAUGGCCAGCUGUGUGUAGCACCUCCAGCAGAUGCAAGAUCACAGACCGUGACCCACAAUGUGGAGGGCCCUGUUUUCCGCUUUGUACCUGCUGGGUGUUUUCCUUGAGACCUGCAAAGGACGGAAGGUGCCGGCAUUUCAAGAAGGAGAGAAGUGUCCGCUACUGGAGAAAGAAAAUCUCCGUCUGGACCACAGCAGCGAUGAAUUUGUAAAUAUAACUGGAUUUAAUCUAAUCAAAAGGUUUGGUCUUCUGAAGACCUCGUCAGUUAAGAAAAUACGCAAUCCCAAAGGUCCGAUGAUCCUCCGACUAGGCAACACUUCCUUGGUUCAUCCAACGAAACAGCUGUUCCCCCGGGGCUUGCCUGAUGAAUUCACUUUGAUCAUCACUCUACUCUUGAAGAAGCAGACCACCAAAGAGAACUGGUAUCUCUUCCAGAUCACUGACCCUCAGGGAUACCCCCAGCUCUCCCUGGGGAUCAACAGCAAAGAGCGGAGUCUGGAGUUCCAGGCGAAGGACCGUCAUGGGGAGGCAAUUGGCGUAGUCUUUGCUGGCAAAGGCAUCACCUCCCUUUUUGACUUGAAGUGGCACAAAAUGGUAGUCAGCAUUCAAAGCCAGGUGAUCUCGGUCCAUGUUGACUGCAAUUACAUCUCAUCUAAGCCUCUGCAGCUGCGCCAUCGGUUGGUCAGUGAAGGCAAUGCAUUCGUGGGACUGGAGGCAGUGCAUGGGACUCCAGUGAUGUUUGACAUUCAGCAGCUGCACAUCUACUGUGACCCAGCCAUGGCAAUGCAUGAGGGAUGUUGCGAGAUCUCCGACAAUGGGUGUUUUCCAGAAGCCUCCAAAACACGUCGGGAUGUAGAAGUUAUGGAGAACAAUGAAUUAAUUGAGAUCAAUCCCCAAACAGAAGGCAAAGUUUACACACGCUGUUUCUGCCUAGAAGAACCUCAAAGCAAGCAGGAGGUGAGAGCCUCUGGGAAGGUUGCUAUGAAAGGAGAUCAAGGAGAAAAGUGUCCUCCAUGUGAGAAGAUAUCAUCAUAUGCAAAUGCUACCCUGGGUCCUCCUGGUUUGAAGGGUGGGAAAGGCGAACGAGGAUCUCCAGGAAUCUAUGGAUCCAAAGGAGAGAAAGGUGAUCGUGGUGCUGACUGUGUCCGGAUCUCACCUGAGGCUCCAUUACAGUGUGCCGAAGGCCCAAAAGGGGAGAAGGGAGACCGAGGAGAAAAGGGGCUUCAAGGAUUGAUCGGAACUCAUGGACAGAAAGGGCAGAAGGGUGAGAAAGGUGACUUUGGACUUCAAGGGAAACCAGGCAGCCCUGGGCGAGAUGGCCGACCUGGAGAGCUGUGUUUGGUAGGGCCCAAAGGCCAAAGGGGGGAUCCAGGUUUUGUUGGCCCCGAAGGGCUUGCUGGAGAACCAGGACCUCCAGGGUUGCCAGGCCCACCUGGAAUUGGCUUUCCAGGAAAACCAGGUGAUCCUGGUGGGCCCCCAGGUUUGAAAGGAGAUAAGGGGAGUUCAGGAUCUCCAGGGGACAGUGGAUCUCCUGGGAAGCCAGGCAAACCAGGGACCCCAGGCCUGAGAGGAGAAAAGGGUGAUCCAUGUGAAGUUUGCCCCAUUAUUACUGAUGAAAAUCAAAUCGGCCUCCCUGGGAAUCCAGGAGCCAAGGGGGAACCUGGACCACCUGGGAAACCUGGCAAAUCAGACAAAUCUGGGCCUCCGGGAGUUAAAGGCAACAGGGGGGACCCUGGGAUUAAUGGCAUUAAAGGAGAAAAGGGUGAACCCUGUUUGUCAUGCAUCAGUUUUGAAUCACAACUUCGUGGGAAAAAUAGUUCUGUAGGAAGCAAUUCAAUUGGACUUCCCGGCAAAACUGGCCCUCCUGGAAUGGCUGGAUUAAAAGGAGAAAAGGGAGAUGCUGGACUUUUCGGACCUAUGGGCAAACCUGGAAUCCGGGGAAAUAAAGGGGACACUGGAGGUCCAGGAGUCAAAGGCGAGAAGGGAGAAUCGUGCACGUCCUGUUCUUCUCUAGAAGGUGGAAAGGUUACCAUCAGUGUUCCUGGGCCUCAGGGUGAAAAGGGUGAACUGGGUCUCCCUGGGAUUGGACUUCCGGGAAAACAAGGAAUACCCGGAGAAGCUGGACUAAAAGGGCAGAAGGGUGAUGCAGGAAACCCAGGUGAUAUGGGCACACCUGGGGAAGCAGGUUUAAAUGGCCUUCCUGGGGAGCCUGGCAUCAGAGGACCAGCAGGGGUGAAAGGUGAAAAGGGAGAUGCUUGUGAGUCAUGUCCCAUGAUCAACACAGAUUCUGGAGUAGUUGGUAUCCCAGGCCCACCUGGUAAAAAAGGGGAUCCUGGUCUUCCAGGUGUGAGUCAGCCAGGCAUACCUGGAAAACCAGGACUUCGGGGUAUUCAGGGGCCUCCUGGUUUGAAGGGGUUGCAGGGAGAACCAGGUACCCCUGGCAUAGGAAUCCAAGGGCCUGAAGGAGAACCUGGGCAGAAAGGUUUACCAGGAAAUCCAGGGCCACCAGGAAUAAAAGGUGCAAAGGGCUCACCAGGUGUUAAAGGUGCCAUUGGUCCCCCUGGGCUUCCAGGUCUACCAAUUCCUGGCCCACAGGGUCCAGAAGGCCAGCAGGGCCUCCCUGGAGUUUCUGGUUCCAAUGGUUUAAUGGGUGAAAAAGGUGCGAAAGGCGAGAAGGGAGAUUCUGGCGAAUGCACCUGCCAGCCUGGCCCUCGGACGGACACAAGCCAUGUUGGGCUUCCGGGCGCUCCGGGACUGUGGAUCGGGAACCCCUGGCAGCCUCAGCCGGGCCCUCAGGGACCUCCAGGCGCUCCGGGACCUCCAGGCCCACCGGGAGCCCCUGGAACUCAGGGCAUCCCAGGAGAGAAUGGCUUGCCGGGAGUACCUGGGCUAUCAGAUGGAAGGAAUCCUCUACCACAAGAGAGCAUUUCUGUAGGAACGCAAACCUACUGUGCAGAUUGCAACUCCCAAAGCUCUAAUGGGAUAAAAGGAGAAAAGGGAGAUCAGGGACAACCCGGAGCUCCAGGAAUAGAUAAUUGUGCACAGUGCCACACUGAGUUCCGUGCAGAAGAACCCCAGUCUGAUAACAAUGAUCCUGAUUGUGCUGGAGGACAUCCUGGAAGCCCUGGCUAUCCUGGACAGAGGGGUGAGCAGGGCCCACCAGGCUUACGAGGCUCUCCAGGCCCACCUGGACCAACUGGGCCCCCAGGUUUUCCGGGAAUGACUGGCCCACCUGGAUUACCUGUAAGAACCGAUAAAGCACGCGCUCUGUGCAGUCCUGUGUUGCUGCUGUUUGUAGACGGACCGAUAGGACCCAUAGGACCCUCGGGUCCCAGAGGAGAAAGAGGGUUGCCAGGCAGCUCAGGGGAAAAAGGAGACCAGGGUUUUCAAGGCCAGCCUGGUUUUCCAGGGGCACCGGGUCCUCCAGGUUUUCCAGGAAAAGCAGGGCCUCCUGGACCUCAAGGACCUCCAGCCGAAAAGGGCAGCGAAGGGAUGCGUGGGACUCCUGGCAUGGCUGGUCCCCCUGGGCCUCCAGGGCAACCUGGACUGCAGGGUCCAUCUGGCCUGGAGGGACAAGAUGGAAAAGAUGGAAAACCAGGGUCACGGGGUGACCCCGGAUCUCCAGGACCUCCAGGAAUGAUGGGACCUCCAGGAUUCAAAGGGAAAACAGGUCAUCCUGGCCUGCCAGGACAGAAGGGUGAUUGUGGUAAGCCAGGACUUCCUGGAAAUACGGGCCGGGCUGGAGCUGAGGGAGAGCCAGGUCCUGUGGGGCCUCAAGGUAGACCAGGCCCUCCUGGACAUGUCGGUCCACCUGGAAGCCCUGGUCAACCUGGUCCAUCAGGGCUUGCUGGAGUUGGUCUGAAGGGUGAACGGGGAUCGACUGGAGAAAGAGGCCUCAGUGGGCUCCCAGGCCAGCCAGGAACACCGGGUCACCCAGGUCCACCGGGUGAGCCAGGCUCGGAUGGACUGGGAGGCAAAGAGGGAUCUCCUGGAAAACCAGGUCCUCCUGGUCCUUCUGGACAGAAAGGGGACCAUGGCACUCCAGGGGAGAUGGGUCACCCUGGAGAGAAAGGCAGAGCGGGGAUGCCAGGAGGCCCAGGAAAAAGUGGUGAAAUGGGCCCCAUGGGACCACGUGGGUCCCCCGGGGAGAGAGGACACCCUGGCUCACCUGGCCCUGCAGGGAACCCUGGGAACCCAGGACUUCCGGGGACAUCGGGAGAUGCCAUCAGCUAUGACCAGAUCAGGAUGUUCAUCAGAGAGGAGUUCCAAAAAAUGUUUGAUGAACGGAUGCAGUACUACGCUUCCCGACUGCCCAUAUCACCAGUAGAAGUCCUUUCCCAGCCAGGGAGACCAGGGUCACCUGGGAAAGACGGAACGCCAGGACGGCCAGGCCCUCCUGGUUCUCCAGGCCUGCCUGGACAAAUUGGAAGGGAAGGCCGGCAAGGUGUGCCCGGCAUGAGAGGUGAGCCCGGAACCAAAGGAGAAAAAGGAGACAAAGGGACUGGAAUCAUGGGGGAGACCGGAGCACCAGGCCCUCCAGGUAUCCAGGGGCCUCCAGGUUAUGGGAAAAUGGGUCUUCCAGGGCCUAUGGGGCAGCAAGGUAUUCCGGGCAUCCCAGGGCCACCAGGAAUCACAGGCCCUCCUGGGAAAGUUGGUCACUGCAAUCCUUCAGACUGUUUUGGCAUGAUGCCCAUGGAGCAGCCCAUGUACCCGCCCAAAAACAUGAAGGGGCCUAUGGGCUAAAGAAUAUUCUCCUUUCCCUCCCCACAAAGGACUCCAUUUGGAAUAGCCAAAGAUCAAGUCUUCCAUCAUGACUAGCUGUGAUGAUGCUUUCAUUGUUGUGAAUAUUUUGACUAUAUUUUUCUCCAGUGGAGUUCAACUUCUUCUCAUGAUGGCAUUUUUUUUAAAAAAAAGAUCUACCAGGAUAUCUGUGUCUGUCUGUGUAUGUAUGUGUGUGUGUGUAAGAGAGAGAGAGAAGAUUUCUGUGUGUGAAUGUCUCCAUAUUCUGAGUGAUUUUUACCGACGGUGAGCAAAAUGUAUUCAAGACAAAACUUCUGCUCAUUAUUUUCCCACCUCAUUAGGAGUUAUUAUUUCCACAAUAUAGACGAAAUCUGUUGAAAUUUUUAAGAAAAUAUGCAAAGGGGAGACGGGAAAGAGGGAAUACUGUGGUUUAAUUUCAGUUUUGAUUGGAUUUUCCCUUUUAGAAUGAGUUAUAAUGGGUAUCUGAAAGGUAAGAGAUAAACAGUUCUAAAAUGCAAUUGAUAGAACAAAAAUUGCCUCAGUAUGGAAUCACACCAGCAGAGCCAUUGCAAAUCAAGAAGUUGUCACCUAUCACUUCUUGAGAGCACACACCGAGAAAGGCUGCCCUACCUAGCAUUUACACACCUCUCUUGGAGCAAGUUGCACAAGUAAAUGCAGCAGAAUUUACUUCUAGUAGAUAUAUAUAAAAUUGUACAGGAAAAAAAAGUCACUUCAUACUCAGAGACAUUCCCCCCUUAACUGAAAUGAAAAAGUGGAACAAAAAUUAAUGUAUUAAAAAUUGUGUUGUCUUUGGAGAGGGGAAAAAAUGGAAAGAACUCCUGAACUUAAAACAACUUGUGUGGUAUUUAGGAUGUAUGAAUGGGAAUAUCAUCUUACGGUGUAAUUACUUUUCCAGAUGUCCAACAUUCUGUUUUCUUCCUGUUGUACGAAAUGUGAGGGACCAUGUACCUUCUGGAAUUAAUUAAUUUUUCUUGAAUGUUCCUGAUUUUGUUUUUUCAUUGUUUUUAUAUCAAAUAUAUUGAGCUUCAUCCAAACCAGAUUUAAUUCUAGUUGCUCAUAUGUCUGGGCAUCAGAACUGAGAGAUCCUGGAGGAUCAGGGGAAGAUAAGACUGGGGUGGGAGCGGUCAUUAUCUGUGGCUAAGAUGCCCCUUCGCGAUGGGAAAUUGUGGAAGGAAUAGCGGUUGUCCCUUGCCUGCUGUCACCUUCACACAAAUAACCUGAAUUAUCUUAUUUGCAAUGGCAUAAAUUAUAUAAUUCUCAUGAUUUGCAUGAUGAUCUCAUGAUCCAAGUAAUAUUAUUGUGGCUUGUAGCAGACACCUGCAACUUCCUUUGACCACAAAAGAGAGAAAAAAAAUUCUUUACUUAACCCCCCUCCCCACUCUUCCUCCAAACGAUCCACAAGGUCUUCCUUCAAACUUCAAAUCACAUCUCUUCAGAAACUAGAAUUGGCAGUAAUCUAAUCUUUAAGCCCCUUUAUUAACUCUUUCCAGGUCCACCCCACCACAAACACAGAGAUUACGUGAACACACUGUGUGUCCCUUACAUCCUUGACCCAAAUGGGUCUCCCCUAGAGGAGAGUCUCUCUCACACAUGCACAUUUGGGCCAUUGAUCCCAAGAGUUAAUCAUCACCACCCUAAUUUUAAUGUUUAAAUAAAUGAUGCCUUGUUUCCU